AUGCACACAAAGACUCAAGUUGAUCAGCAAGCGAAUGCGACUAAGUUGCCUUUGUCGAGCCAAGUUGCCUGUGCACUGCUUCUCAUCCGGGCGAAGCCCCAUCAUUUGUCUAUUGAAGGUUUGGCUACGUCUCCUUUCAGAGGUUUCGAUUCAACUUCCUAUUGGAAAUCAGCCCAUCAAGCAUCUGAACGUGAACGACUGGUGCUUGUCGACGAGGUUGCGAAGCUGGAGAAGGAACUAUCAAUGCUCCGCGGUGAAGCGAUUGUUAAACCACUUGAUGUAGAUGGCUCCGCGGGAAGAAAUGACCUAGACAAGCUUUGUGGACAGGAGCAACUUGACAAGAGCAUAAGUGACAACACUGGCCACACCGCUCAUGACAAAGACAAUGCUUCCCACUGGACAAAUUUCUCUGAUCGUCAAUAUCUUCUCCGUGGCGUCUUCUCGCUCAAGCAUAACCUCCGUCUUCAAAAACCUGACUGUGAAAGGCUUUCAGCAGCAAUUCGCACUGUUACAGCCACGCUCUGCCACUAUUCAGCCCCCACGGGACCAGAACACGCCGCUCAAAAGUUCUCUCCCGAGAUCCUGCCUGUUGAUCAACAGAGAAACAUACUCGAACACGCUUACCCUUUUGUCAUCCAAGGGCUGUCCUUGCUUUCACAGGCCACUGGCGACGACGGUCAAUUCGUCGUUUCUGCAGUUCCGGACGUCGUGAAAUUGUUCAAAACUAUAUUGUGCCGACUGCACACGUCUGUGCAGGAUACAGUGGUUCAACGAAAAGACACUUCGGCGCCGUCUUCUAAGAGCAGGCGUGGGGUGAACGAACCCCUUUUGAUGUCAGUGGAUUGCUUCAAUCAGUGCCGAUCAACGAGCAAGAUGCUCACAAGGAUGUUUCUUCUCCUGGAUCUGUCCCAGGAUGUACACUCUGAAACCUUCGAAGGGUUCCUGUGCGCUUUGCUUGACCAUGUCGGGUCUUUAUUGUCUCUCUUGGUCUUCUCGAACGCAGACCACGAACCAAGUUCGGACAUUGGCAUUCUACCGCCAAAUGGGUUCAAGGGAACACCUCACUCGAAUCUGGAAGUCGCCAUCGAGACUGCAAAAGUUGAAGGGCCACAUGUGAUCUCUGUCCUCCGGGAGGCCAUCGACUUCCUCGAGGGAAACGUGAAAGUCAUGUCUGAAAGAUCCCAGUUGCUCUUCACCUCGCGGAAAGCGACAGAUGUGAGAGGCCUGCGGCGUGCGCUGGAGGAGAAGCUUCAAAAGACAUUACUUCGGGGAGUGUUUGGAGACGAUGAUGCCAGCUUCAAUGGUGGCUUGUGUAGGCACGAUCAUCUUUCUGAGCCAGAUGUGGAGAGCCUGAUGAACGAGAUGAGCCCGGAUGCAAAUACGUCUGAAUGGUUCAUUGGCCAGCUGUGGGAGCAUUUGGGAUGGGACAUACUAUCAGGCCACAAUGCAUAA